AUGGCGUCCACCUACAGGCCCAUAGCGCCCCUUACCCAGCCAUGGAAUCUCUAUCCCGAGCCCGUAACCGCUCUCGCGUUCGAUCCUGUCUCGGACACCCUCUGGACCGGCCUGCAUUCCGGCAAUGUGCUCGCGUACUACACCCCGAGGGGUGUGCGCGGCGUCACGUACCCCGUCGGCGGCGGCCUCGGAGUGAAGAAAGUCAUAGCUGAAGAUCAGUACGUACGAGCGGUAGGUGUCACUGGCGAUGGCAUGGGGUCGUGGAAUAAGGGAGGAGUCAAUAAGUGGUACUUCCGGCCUUCUGCGACUGUCAUGACAUUCUCUAACACUUCGAGCACCUCGCAAGUCAUUGCUAUAUCUACCACGACGUCAGAACUCCUCUUGCUCAACGCCCUGACGGGGGACCCUGUCCGCCAAGUCCCAGCACCCUCUAUGAUCUCCCACCUCGAAUUCUCGCACACAUGCAUUCUGUCCGGCUCCAUGGACGGCUGCAUCCGGACGCACGACCCCCGCACGGGGAUGCAGCGGCAUGAAGGCGGCGCGGAGAGCACCGUAAAGGCGCACAGCGGCAACAUCCAGGGCCUGCAGGUCAGCGGGAACUUCGUGUAUACGGCGGGGUGGGGCCAGAGACAGGGCCGGCCGUUCCCCGACCCGCUGGUUAAAAUAUAUGAUCUGCGAACGCUACGCGCGCUCCCCCCGAUCCCGUUCUCGGAUGGUCCGGCGUAUAUCAACGUACAUCCAAAGCGUCCAUCCAGUAUUGUGAUCACGUCCAACCAAGGCCUUAUCAACAUCGUGGACAUCUCGAAUCCGAACAAGGCGAAUGAGUUCUACCAGUUGGAUGCACCCAGCUUCAUCACGUGUGCCGCUGUUUCGCCCACUGGGUCUUACAUGGCAUUCGGCGAUGGGGAUGGAGUCAUCCACCUCAUGAGCGCAGGUGAGCAUGACGGGGAAAUUCCGUUCAACGGGUUCGAAGGCCAGCCGGUGGAGUGGGCGGACACUCCCGAGCCCUUACCAGAUAUCGUAUGGACCGACUCGACACCCUUAAACUCGAUUGGUCUCCCAUACUACAACUCCAUGCUCCUCUCCGCUUGGUCGCCACAGUUCAUGACGACCAAGGCGCACUUCCCGCCCCCGGCCAAGAUCCCGCCACAAGUCCUCAGCACGAUGAAGAUGAGCGACAACGUCGCGUAUGCGCCGUUGCCGAAAGAGCUGAAGGGCAGGCGGAACGUUGUCGUCGUUGCCCCUCGGAAGGACCAGGCGAGGUUUAGGAGCGGGAAGAUGCGCCGGCAGGAAGUAAGAUCAGAGCCGGAGACGCCUACGUUCGAGACGCUCCCUGAGGAGGUCCCCAGGACGUAUCGUAAAGUUGAGAUCGAGUACUCCAAGUUCGGAGUGGAGGAUUUCGAUUUCGGCUUCUUUAAUAAGACUGAGUACAGCGGUCUGGAGACACACAUCCUGAACUCGUACACGAACUCGAUGGUGCAGCUCAUGCACUACACCCUGCCGAUCCGCCGGCUAGCAAAGUCGCAUAUCACGACGAACUGCCCCAGGGAGCAUUGUUUAUUGUGCGAGCUGGGCUUUGUUAACCGCAUGCUCGAGGACGCGCGCGGGAUCAAUUGCCAGGCGAGCAAUUUCUGCAAGACGCUUGGGAUGUUAGCGCAAGCCCAAAACGCCAUCGAACUCAUUGAUUACGGGCGUGAUGCGCCCGACACGAACUACGCGCACACUAUCCAGUCCUUCCACCGCUUCCUCAUCGAUCACAUCAGCUCCGAGGGUAACGCCUUCCCGCACAACCCGUCGCUCGUCCCGUCAGCAUUUGCGGGCUCCGCGUCGUCCCCUGCUGCGGCGCCCAUUACACAACUUCUGGGCAUAGAUGGGAAGAACAUUAUAACAUGUAUGAAUUGUAAAGCUGUGAGGGAGAAGGAGAAUAUGACGCAUAUGGUGGAUAUGAUAUACCCUCGCAAGCUAUACCCAGAAGACUCAACCACCCAACAUGACUUCGUGUCGAUCCUGCGGAACUCGCUGAUCCGCCAGAUGACGCACAAAGCGACGUGCCAGACAUGCAAGCAGUUUGCGACCUUCGAGACCAAGCGGUCGAUCCCGACCCGCGACCUCCCGGCGAUUCUAGCUGUCAAUGCAUUCGUGAACAAUGAAGAGAGCUUUAAGUUCUGGCUGGACAAUCGCAGGCACCGAUUCUUGAGUCCGAUGAUGGAGGUGCAUGGCCAGAUCGAAGGAGUCGACGAUCCUGAGGGAGUGAUGUACGAGCUUAGGGCCAUGGUGGUUCAAGUUGUUCCUAAGACAGGGAGCUCGCACCUGGUUGCGAUAGUGAAGGUCCCGGAUGCUCCUAGCACUCCUGAUCGUAGUCCAUGGUUCGUCUUCAACGACUUCAUGGUCCGCAAUGUAUCGGAAGCCGAAGCAUUGAGCUUCCCUGGCAAAUGGAAGGUUCCAGCUGUGGUAUAUCUGGAGCGUGUGGAUCUACGGGACAAACUGGAUUUCAGCGCGCUGCCGGACCAGCUUGACGAGACGAUCCUGUGCACUGACACCAAUAUUUCAUUGCGAGUAACAGUAAACCGUGACAAAUCCCUGAUUAAGCAUGAGUGUUUACGGUAUGAUGAACUGCCUAAGCCAGGGACCCUGGUGGCUAUCGACGCGGAAUUCGUAUCCAUGCAGCAGGAAGAAGUAGAAUAUCGCUCCGACGGGACCAAGAAGGUGCUUCGCCCUGCCCGUCUUAGUCUUGCCCGAGUAUCGGUGUUGCGCGGAAACGACGGCCCUAAGCAAGGCGUCCCGUUUAUCGAUGAUCACAUCCAUACCAGUGAGACGAUCGUUGACUACCUGACUGAAUUCUCUGGCAUCAAGUUCGGAGAUCUGGAUCCAGCCCUGUCCCGUUAUACUCUGACUCCUCUGAAGUUGGUCUACAAGAAGCUCAGACUUCUGGUCGACAGAGGAUGCAUAUUCAUAGGACAUGGGCUUACAAAAGACUUCCGCAUAAUCAAUAUCUUCGUUCCUCCCGAGCAGGUGAUAGAUACGGUCGACCUGUAUUUCAUCAAAGAAAGACAGCGGCGUCUUUCGCUCAAAUUCCUGGCCUGGUUUGUGCUGCAGGAGAACAUCCAGACGGAGACUCACGACUCGAUCGAGGACGCACGGACGGCGCUGAGGUUGUACAAGGCAUACCAUCGCUUCGAAGAGGAGGGGACGUUCGAUCAGAAGCUCGAGGAACUCUAUAGGGAGGGAAAGAAACAUGUGAGACGCGUCGCGGUCAUUCUGGCAGCGCGUACUCUCGACUGA